ACUCUAAGUUAGUAUAUAAUGCACGCUGGGUAGCUAGGGUUUAAUCCUCACUGGUGUGCAUUUUCGAUCGCAGCGGCCAACUAGCUUCGGCCUCCACCGCACUCGCUAGGGUUUUCUUACCAGUCAGCAACUCGCAAUAUGGCCAGAGGAUUGAAGAAACACUUGAAGAGGCUCAAUGCUCCUAAGCAUUGGAUGCUUGACAAACUUGGGGGUGCAUUUGCUCCUAAGCCAUCAUCUGGACCCCAUAAAUCUAGGGAAUGCUUGCCAUUGAUCGAAAUCCUGCGUAACAGAUUGAAAUAUGCUCUUACUUACCGUGAAGUCAUUGCCAUUUUGAUGCAAAGGCAUGUUUUGGUUGAUGGGAAAGUCAGGACAGAUAAAACUUACCCUGCAGGUUUCAUGGAUGUUGUAUCAAUCCCCAAAACGAAUGAGAAUUUUCGUCUUCUAUAUGAUACUAAGGGUCGUUUUCGCCUCCACUCAAUUAGGGAUGAGGAAGCAAAGUUCAAGCUUUGCAAGGUCCGCACUGUGCAGUUUGGGCAGAAGGGAAUCCCAUACAUCAACACCUAUGAUGGGCGAACAAUCCGCUAUCCUGAUCCACUCAUCAAGGCCAAUGACACUAUCAAGCUGGAUCUGGAAAGCAACAAAAUUACUGACUUCAUUAAAUUUGAUGUUGGGAAUGUUGUGAUGGUGACUGGAGGAAGGAACAGGGGACGGGUUGGAGUUAUUAAGAACAGAGAAAAGCACAAGGGAAGCUUCGAAACCAUCCACGUUCAGGAUGCCACUGGUCAUGAGUUUGCAACCCGUUUGGGAAAUGUUUUCACCAUCGGUAAAGGACACAAGCCCUGGGUGUCUCUCCCGAAGGGUAAGGGUGUCAAGUUGUCCAUCAUUGAGGAGGCUCGAAAGAGACUUGCGGCCCAAGCAGCUUCCACUGCCUGAUGACUGGUGGUUAAUUUACCAUUGUUCUCUGCCCUUGGCGGGUUGGUUACAAAGAGGUUUUCUUAAACAGUAUUCUGUUUUGCGACUUAGUCCUUGGAUUAGAUUAUGCCCAGGGAUCUUUGGUUUUAUGUUUAAUGUGCUCAGGGUGGUGGUGUUUCUUGGUGUUCCCCUUUUAUUCAGCUUUAGAACCUGCACUAUUGCUUUAUUUUAAUUUUUGAAGACUGAAUUGGUAUAUCUUACUAGAGCAUUUUUGAA